AGCCCUUGCCGUCAGUACUCAGAUCCGCACCCGCGUACACGCAAAGCCAAUAAGAUUCCUUCACUCUCCCGGGAAGAUUAGAAAGAAAAAGAAAAGAUGUCGCACAGCGACACCGUACCUCUCCACCAGUCCUCCCAAUCGGACAUCGACGAGAUCGAGAGCCUCAUCAACGCCAGUGUCCAAUCCGGCCCCGCCACUGUCCUCCCUGCCCGGCCGCCCAGCCCCCCACGCGCCUCCAUCCCCGUUGUCUCCUCGUCUCCAUUCAUACAGUCCAAUCUCCCACCACUGCCACCACUACCCUCUUCCAACCAGAAGGUGCCAUCUGUCCCCGCACCUGCUCCUCCGCCACCCCCAGUCGGAGCGAGCGGGUUCGGUCCGGUUCCUAACACGCUUACGGAACCGGUAUGGGACACGGUGAAGCGGGAUCUGUCGAGGAUCGUGAGCAAUCUGAAGCUGGUGGUGUUCCCCAACCCGUAUAGGGAGGACCCCGGAAAGGCGUUGCGGGAUUGGGAUCUCUGGGGCCCCUUUUUCUUCAUUGUCUUCUUGGGUCUAGCUCUCUCGUGGUCUGCUUCCGUCAAGAAGUCUGAAGUUUUUGCGGUUGCAUUUGCGCUACUUGCUGCUGGUGCUGUAAUUCUGACAUUGAAUGUACUUCUACUGGGUGGACAUAUAAUCUUCUUCCAAAGUCUGAGUUUGCUGGGUUAUUGCCUGUUCCCGCUGGACGUUGGAGCCGUAAUCUGUAUGUUGAAGGACAAUGUAAUGUUGAAAGUGAUUGUGGUAAGUGUGACGUUAGCGUGGAGCUCCUGGGCUGCAUAUCCUUUCAUGAGUUCAGCAGUGAACCCUCGGAGAAAAGCCCUCGCACUCUAUCCCGUUUUUCUCAUGUAUGUAUCUGUCGGUUUUCUCAUCAUUGCCAUUGAUUAAUAUACAUCAACCGUCGCCACUGCAGAGGUUCUUAUAAAAUCACAUUGGUUCGUAUAGAAAUUCCAUGUAAUGAUUAAUCUUCUUCUCAUGGUACACCGUGUUUUUUGACUUCUGAGUGGACAUGUUUGGACACAAUUCUGCCUAAUAUAUAACGGAGUUGUAUGAAAA